GCGAAGGAGUGCAUUUUUGUGGCACCGCGUGUAUCGGGCUGAACCACGGAAAACGCAUUGUGUGAUUGGAUGCACUUUUGAAAGGGUAGCCUUGCGAGGAAUUUCGUGGAAACUGUUAAACGAUUUGGAGUACGAUUUCGUGCAUUAUUUUGUUGAUUGUAAAGUGGAAACAUUGGAAUAAAAGUAUAUCGUUUUUCACCUGGUACUACGCAGAAAUCUGGUACACGUAGCAAAAAGAAAAAACCCGGUCCCAUACCUGGUAUGCGCCCGCCUAUGGGAGCUGGAUCGCAUCAGUCUACAAAAUCCGCCAACUCAAUGGGUUUCAUAAUGCCACUCUAUACCAUCGGUAUUGUUUCAUUCUUCAUCUACACAAUACUGAAACUUAUAUUCAAGAAAACGCCAGCCACGCCUUACCCGGAGAUUAAACCAGACACGACUUUCAGGAACGAGGUGUUCACUGCCCCAGACCAACCAUAUAUCAAGCGACCAGACAGUGGAACCACUAAGCUAGGACAACCGAUCGCAAAUGGAGAGAACGGUGCACCAGUUUCAGUGGGACCAGUGUCCAAUGGUAGCGCAAGUGCUAGCUUCAACCACUCGGUUCAGGCGGAAAUCAGCGUUGAUUAUCAACAGCUGGUCACGAAAUCUGAAUCACCCCCCGCAACGACAGACUCUAGAACCACAGCUGAAGAACCGGUGACUGAACAUACCGGUCCAGUAGAGCAGGGCAAUGAUGAAGCUAGUAGCGUAACCGAAGCGACCAACGAUAAAGAACAAGUGCAACCCGAAUACGACCCUGCUAUCGAAAAGUUAGUUGACGGAAUCGUAGUACAGAAGGUUGUGCAACUUAACGAAGAGGCAUCGACCAGUGAGAAUAUUGAGCGAGUAGCUAGUGAAGUGGUAGAAGAAGUUCUACAGGAGGCCGAGAGUGAGAUCAACGAAGCUGCCGAAGCUGCAGCUGUUAAACUGGUGGAGAAAGUAGUAGAACAAGCGGAAGCUGCAGUGCUUGCUGUAGAAAUUCCGGAAGUUCUAGAAACACAUGAGGAAGAAUCGACUUCUCCUAAUGCAACAUAUAUAUCCAAAGAAGACCAAUCUAUAACGUCUGUUGAAGAGCCUGUUUCUGUACCAGAGUCAGUGCAAUCUGUCGAGGUAACGCAUGAAACUGUGGAGCAUGUGGAACCAGCAUCGGAACAAGGCACAGAUACAUCAAAAGCAGUUACAUUCGCUGAGACCAUAGCUGUUAACAUUUCCAAUGAACUAACCGAAACGCAACCAGAUAAAAUUGAUACAACUAUUGUUGAUGGCUCAGUAGAUAUUGAAGUAAAAGGAAUUGAAGAACAGAUUUCGGUGCAAAAUAAUGUUGUUGAAGUUGUCUCCAAUGAUACAAUCUUAGUUCAAAACUUAUCAGGCAGUGUGGUUGAACCAGAAAUCGCAGAAAACAUCAUCUCCACUGAACAAAAUAAUAUAUCAUCUAUAUAUGAAAAGGCUGAUUUUGUUUCACUCAACAAUACAGUUGAUAAACUUCAAGAAAACGUUAUUCCAGCUGAGGUUGAAAUUACGCAACAAAUUUCUAUUACAGAACCGGCCAAUGCUAUUGAACAGUUCAUUGCAUCAGAGAAGAGUGUUUCAUACAAGUUCGACGAACCAAUAUUGCCUCAGAUUACAGAAUCCAAGGUUGAGCAAGAAGACAACACUAUUGAAAUACCAGUCUCUGACGAAGCAACCGCUGAAGAAGUAGUUGAAGUGUUGAAGAGUGUUGCUUUUGCUGACGAUGUUGUUCAAACAAUUCUUGAAACAGAUCAAAAGGCUACUGAUGUAGCAACUGAAUUGGUGCAAGAAACUAUAGUUGAUAGUAAACCUUCAGAAACAAUUCCAAUAGAGCAAACUGCGCUAGUUGCUGACGCAACAAAUAUAGUAACCGAAGCCGAAACUGCUUUGGAAGCCAUUGUCAACGCUGAAAAAGUUAAAGACACUAUAAAGGGUGUUACGUUCGAUGAUGAAGUGAUUGUUGUUGAUGCUCCAAUAUCAGCAGAGGUUGAAACAAUAACCGAUACUUUGGUCGACGCUGAAGAAGCAACUAUCAAAGCAUUGGCGGAAGCAAUCGACCAAGAAGCGGAGGACAUUGGAGCUGUUGCCGAGGGACUUGUUAAUGAAGUUCUUGAUGAGAUACAAGAAAUUGUUAAUGAGAAGGAAGUAUUGGAACCGACUCAGGCGCCAAGCUACGAUCCGGUUACCCAAGUUCUAGUUUCUUCUUCUGAUAAUGAGGCUGUUGUUGAAUCCGAACCAAAAUAUUCUGAAGAAAAAACGAAUGAAUCUUCAGAUUCUUUUGAAAAUGAGACCUCAUUUACCGUAGAAGUCGACGCGGAAGAGGCAGUCAUCAAAGCAUUAGCGGCGAAAAUGGAAGAAGCAAUUUCCCAGCAAGCUGAAGAGGCCGAAGUUGUAGCCACUGCCGAGGAACUUGUAAAUGAAGUUCUAGAUCAGGCUCAAGAAAUCGCAAAGGAGAAAGGAGCUCUGGAACAUGUUGAGGCUGCUAGUCACGAUCCGGCCAUACAAAAACAAGUAGAUGAUGCACUGAUCGAUGGUUUUGCAUAUGAUGCUGACGAUAAAAAUAAUUCAAGCGAACAGUCUUCUGCAGAAGAAGUUGUGGAAUCGAUUUCGAUCAAGGAAGUCAAUUCCGAGUUGAACAGCGCACCUUCUCAGCAAACAAUAAUUUCAGAGAAUGAUGUAGUUCAACCGGCUGAAUCUGUUAAUUUGUUGGUAGAACCAACAAGUGAAAAGAUCGUUGACAAUGCUGUUGAAGUGGCAGAAUCUGUGUUACCAUUGGUGUCAGAAGUUAACACUACGGUUAUUCAAAACAACUUUUCAGAUGAAAAUGAUAUACAGAUAGAAAAAGAGAAUUCAAUUGGUAAUGCUGGACAGCUGGUAACUGUUGAUCAAUCAAUCAUAAUUGAGACACCACUUAGCAAUGAGCCGUCAAAAGAUGUAAAACUAGAAACAGGUCUAACCACGGAAACAUCUGUUGAUCCCAUAAAAGAAGAAAAAUCUUAUGCUGAAUUAUCUGAUUCUGAAGCUGAGAAAAUUGGUGAAAAUUCAUCUUUCCAGGAGAAUAUUAUUUCGCCAGUUGAUAUAGUUGAGAAAGAUUUACCCGUUGCUGAAAUCGUGGAAGUAGUUUUAGAAGGAGCAGCCGCAUCCGACGCACCCGAUGUCGUUGAAGAUCAAUCUAUUAUUAUUUCAGAUACCACUACUUCCGUAUCUGAGGCGAGUGAAAACGACACACCUCAAGCACAACAAAAAGAUAUCCCAAUUAUUGGUGAAAUACAGGAAAAAGAACCACUCGUGGAACCUUCUGCAUUUGUACAAGUAGAGUCAGUGAACGAUAAUGUCGGCUAUGUUGAGAAAAAGGUAUCUGAAGUGGUGGAAGAAGUAAAACAAAUAGUUCAAGAGGAUAAUGCAAAUACUUCAGAAAAUGAAGUAGAACAGGUUAUCGAAUCCGUUGAGGCAGCUGAUGUUAUUGAUUCUAAGCUAGUUGGAAGUAAAGUUGAACAUGAAGAUGAAGCUCAAACGACUGAGACGGUAAAACCUGAUGCUCUAACAAUUGAAAAUCAAAUAGAAAACACACCUAGCGAAGAUAUUGAAACUGUCCAUGUGCUAAAAGAAUCCCAAUUUAAUGAGACAAUUCCAACAGCAAACAUACAAACUGAAAAGGUGGAAUCCAGCGUUGAAGUCGAACCAAGCAACGAAACAACGAAAGAAGUUGUUUUUGAACAAACAUUUGUUAAAGAUGUAUCAGCAGAAGUAUAUCAAGAAGUUUUGGGUGCUGGAGAUGAUACCACAUUAGAAAAGACAGCAGCCACAGAAGAUGCAAAUACAACAAAUGAAGUUAUUGAAACUGCUCUUGUACAGAAAGAUUCACAGUCUAAUGAGACAGCACCAACCGAAAAUAUACAAACAGAAAAAGCAGAAGCCAUCGUUGAAGUCCAACCUAAUAUCAAUAUAGUGGUAGAGGAUAUUUCUGAAACCCAAUCUUCUGUUGAAGAUGGUUUAGAAAAAGUGUUAUUGAAAGUAGAAAACGAUGCCAUAACUGAAACAACAACCACUGCAGAUCAAAGAGAAAAUGCCACAAACGUAGUUAGCGAAACUGUUUCUCAACCGAAAGACUUAAAAGUCACUGACACAGUUCCAGCAGAAAAUAUACAAACAGAAAAGAUAGAAGCCAUCGUUGAGGUUCAACCAAGUAUCAAAAUAACGGAAGAAGUUUCUUCAGAAAACCCGUCUCCUGGUACAGAUGAAUCAGAAGUAGUAGUGAAUCAAGUAGUUCUAGAUACUGAACAUACCUCCACAACGGAAGGAAUUACAGCUCUGAAAGAAAAAAUAGUAGUUCUAGAUACUGAACAUACCUCCACAACGGAAGGAAUUACAGAUCUGAAAGAAUUACAAUCUGAUGACGCUAUCCCAACUGAAAAUAUACAAUCAAAAACGGUACAAGCUAUCGUUGAUGUUGAACCAAUUGUCGACUCGACGUUACAAGAAAAAGUUUCUGAAAAACCAUCUCCUGUUGAAAUUGAAUCAGCUAAUGUACAAUCUGUUCUGGAUGCAGAAAAUAAUACCACAACCGAAGCGCCAACGACUGCAGAAGGUCAAAUAGAAAAUACAACUAACGAAGUUAGCGAAACUGUUCCUGAACCGAAAGAAUCAAAAUCUAAUGAGCCAGUGGAAAAUAUACUAAAGGAAAAAACAGAACUCAUCGUUGAAGUUGAAACUAAUAUCAAAGCCGCAACAGAAGCAUUACCUCAGCAAGAUGCUGCUGGAGUUGAAUCUGAACAAUCCCACACUGAUCAAACAAUCGAUUUACUUGUGGAAACAGAAACGAAGAACGAUACUCUGGAAUCAGGUGAUAUUGAUAGUAAGAAACUUGUAAAUGAAACAGUUUCUCUAGAAGAUGCUUUAGUUCAGCCUGUAGAAGCUAAAGAAAUUGCUGGAGAAAAAGUUACUCUUCUUGACGAAAAAAUAGAAAAUGCUUCGCCAAACUCAGAUGCCACAGUGGAAACAGUUGAGGAGCAUGUCCCAGAAGUAACUGUAUCUACGACGAAUGAACAGGAGGAGCCAGCUGGAGUUGUUCCAGAAAAAAAUAUUAUCACAGAAACACUGCAUUCCGUGAACUCAAUUGAGCCUGUAAUUUUAAGUAGUGCUGAUGCAUCAGUUGAAGUAGUAUCCAUCAGUGAGGCUCGUGGGCAUUCAGAAGAGCCAACAUGUGAGCCAUCAGAAGCAGAAUCGUCCGCUCGUGGGCCCAUUAUUGAAGAAGUACUCGAUGAAGCAGUGGAGGCCUCAGAGGAAGUCGUCACGGCUAUUCAAGGUCUGAUAAGCGCAGCAGAUGAGCAGUUACUGAAAAUAGAUAGCAUUAAAAAAUCGGCGAGAAACUUAAGCAAGGAAACAGAAGAAAAGGACAAUACCGAAACAGAUGAGAAGAUUCCCGAGCAGAAUGGUCACGUUUGUAAAUCCGUAGACGAUAGGAAUACUGUAGAAUCAUCCGAGUUACAACAGCAGGAAGAAGUAGACGACGGCGAACCUCAACUUGAGCAGGUCGAUGAUGAAGAAAAGGUUCAACAACAGUUGGAAGUUGAGGAGGACGCUCCAAAGAUUGAGCAGCGACAUGAAACCGGUGCAGUACCGAAGAAACGAGAAGCCAGUGAAGAUCGAAGCUCUUUGAAGGUGAUACCCAUGGAAAAGAAGGCUGCCUAUGAUCCAGGACAGCCGAAUCGUCCUGGAACCCCAGUGCAGUGUAUAACGCUGGAUCCGACAAUCAUCGAAGCCGAUGUAGCGGAGUCCAAGUGCAUUCUUCUAGAUGCUGCUAAAGUGCCACAGCCGUCCAAGGUUACAAUUCCUGAGUCAGAGCUUGCUAUUGCCACGCUAGAUUCUAGUCAGAAAUCGAGUGAAGAAACGCCUUUCGACCUGAAUCUGGUGGUAGUGUUCGAAUCGCUAUCAAAUCUAAACCAAGGUCGAAGUUUGGAGGUCAACGUAUUGUUAGGUUCUGAACCGACCACCCCGGUUAUACAACCCUCAGCAGCGGCCCGAGUGGCAUCACCAACGAGGGAGGUGGUGCUUAGCGGAAUGAUGAAACUGUCGUUAGUGAAGCUAGACGACAACGAAAAUCAAGCUUCUGGCGAUGUCGUGCUGAGAGCCAAGGAUCUGAAGAAAGGCGACCGAUACGAUGGCGACUUCGGCCCAAAUGAAGAAUAAGGCCAAAGCUUUAAAGCGGUCCAACUAUGGAAACCCGCGAAAUGUGGCAGUACUAAUUUAAAUAGUUAAACUGCGAGCCUGACACACGGUAUUUGUACGAGCUCAUAUUUUUCUAGAACUGAAAUUGAAAAUACAAAGAGUACGGAAAGGGUUUUACUACAGGUCUUUUAGUAAACCAGUUUCUUUAAUGACUGAGAAUAAAAAAACGCGGGCAGCCGAUAGAGUGGAGUGAUGUAUUAAUGGAAGCAUGUUCAACCGAGAUGAUCAAAUUUACAUUUGGUUUGCUUCCAUGAGAUAUGAGUUGCACCUGGUAAAUCCAUAUAUUCAUUAAGCACAAGCAAAUCGGCUCAAUUUUAGGACGUCUUUGGUCCACCCAAACUUCAGCUCAGAUUUACACUAAAUUGUAGGCUUACCAACGAAAGGAAAUUCUAAACCUAUUUAUCCAUUGUUACAUUCGAUGUGUAGAAAAAUUGCAUGUGUUUGAGAGAGUUAUAAAACUAGACCGAAAUUUCUUCCAAUCGAUCCAUUGUUUCAGCUUACUAUCAUUAUCUGUUGUUUCCAGCAGUCUGUUUUCUUGCUUAAGUUGAUCAAUCACUUAUAUUAGUUUAUUUAUAUAGCUCAGACAACAAUAGUAUUUUAUACCAGUCUCUUUUUUGUCCACAUGUACUUAUAUAUUGUUAUACAUCUUGUUAACGCUUUCGAUGAUUUAUAGCCCGGGCGUCAUCCGUGUAAACAGUCCUUUUUAUACAUUGUUACCAUGAUAUAGCAGAUAUUCUGCCCAUAAAAAGAGCAAACUUAAUCAUCGGAAUAAAAAACGGUGUCGUAGAUGAAACAAUAUAAAAAAGUUAUAACAAGCAGCCAAACUAUUGUAACAGAAAACUGAUAAAAUGAAUAAUAAAAAAGAACAAGUUAAAGCUUCCA